GUAGAAUGAAAAAAGAGAAAAAAUUAUAAAAGAAGGUGCGCUGUUUCGUAUCUUUUAUCAGAACGUUUAUAACCUUCGCAGCAAGAGAAUAAUUAGUUUUUGCAAUGAAACUUGUGCACGUUUUGUUGAUUGCUGUAAAUUUAGUACAAUUAAAUCUUGGAGCAAGACCGGGCUUUUUACGCAGAUACAUUUUCCAAGAUGAAAAUCGUAAACAUCACGAACAUGGCUUCACUACAUGGCCGCCUGACAUAAAUUGCGUACCGACUGGCACAACAUGGCAACCAACUGAUAGCCCUACAUCGGAUUGUGCUCCAACUUGCACGACAUGGCGUCCGUCAACUGAUGAUCCCACCGGAACAACUUGGCAACCAACUGAUAGACCUACUGUAGACUGUGCCCCAACUUGUACAACAUUCGUUCCAACAACUGCUGACCCAACAAACAGUCCUACAUCGGAUUGUGCCCCAACUUGUACGACAUUCGUUCCUACAACUGCUGAACCAACUCACAGUCCUACAUCGGAUUGUGCUCCAACUUGCACUACAUGGCGUCCGUCAACUGAUGAUCCCACCGGAACAACAUGGCAACCAACUGAUAGACCUACUGUAGACUGUGCCCCAACUUGUACAACAUUCGUUCCAACAACUGCUGACCCAACAAACAGUCCUACAUCAGAUUGUGCCCCAACUUGUACGACAUUCGUUCCAACAACAGCUGAACCAACUCACAGUCCUACAUCGGAUUGUGCUCCAACUUGCACGACAUGGCGUCCGUCAACUGAUGAUCCCACCGGAACAACAAGGCAAACAACUGAUAGACCUACUGUAGACUGUGCCCCAACUUGUACAACAUUCGUUCCAACAACUGCUGACCCAACAAACAGUCCUACAUCAGAUUGUGCCCCAACUUGUACGACAUUCGUUCCAACAACAGCUGAACCAACUCACAGUCCUACAUCGGAUUGUGCUCCAACUUGCACGACAUGGCGUCCGUCAACUGAUGAUCCCACCGGAACAACAUGGCAACCAACUGACAGACCUACUGUAGACUGUGCCCCAACCUGUACAACAUUCAUUCCAACAACUGCUGACCCAACAAACAGUCCUACAUCGGAUUGCGCCCCAACUUGUACGACAUUCGUUCCUACAACUGCUGAACCAACUCACAGUCCUACAUCGGAUUGUGCUCCAACUUGCACUACAUGGCGUCCGUCAACUGAUGAUCCCACCGGAACAACAUGGCAACCAACUGAUCGCCCCACUGUAGACUGUGCUCCAACUUGUACAACAUAUCGUCCUUCAACUGAUAAUCCCACUGGCACAACAUGGCAACCAACUGAUCGCCCCACUGUAGACUGUGCUCCAACUUGUACAACAUAUCGUCCUUCAACUGAUAAUCCCACUGGAACAACAUGGCAACCAACUGAUCGCCCCACUGUAGACUGUGCUCCAACUUGUACAACAUAUCGUCCUUCAACUGAUAAUCCCACUGGCACAACAUGGCAACCAACUGAUCGUCCCACUGUAGACUGUGCUCCAACUUGUACAACAUAUCGUCCUUCAACUGAUAAUCCCACUGGCACAACAUGGCAACCAACUGAUCGCCCCACUGUAGACUGUGCUCCAACUUGUACAACAUAUCGUCCUUCAACUGAUAAUCCCACUGGCACAACAUGGCAACCAACUGAUCGCCCCACUGUAGACUGUGCUCCAACUUGUACAACAUAUCGUCCUUCAACUGAUAAUCCCACUGGAACAACAUGGCAACCAACUGAUCGCCCCACUGUAGACUGUGCUCCAACUUGUACAACAUAUCGUCCUUCAAUUGAUAAUCCCACUGGCACUACAUGGCAACCAACUGAUCGCCCCACUGUAGACUGUGCUCCAACUUGUACAACAUAUCGUCCCACUUGAAAUAUUGUAAUUAGUGUACAUUUCUCACCUUGGGAAACACUUUCUUUCAAAUGUCAAUCAAUGUUGAAAUAAAUUUGGUCACUGUA